AUCAUAACACAAUUCAGGACGAGAGAGAGAGAGAGAGAGAGCAGAGAGAAAGAAAAAGCAAAACCCAUCAAUCAUUUCUUUACUUUCCCCUUCAUUUUCUCCUCACCUCAUAAAGACAUCCUCAGUUUUUUCCAUUUGCUCUGUAAUCUGAAUAUUUCCUCUGUCGACCAUGGAAUUCAGAUCCAGAUCAUGCAGAGAUGAAAGUUGUAACUCAGGAGGGAGGGGAUUCCCAGGAAACAUGCAAGAUCUGCGGAGUUACAGUGCUAAUUAUAGUAAUCAGAAGGAGGGGAAGAUGAAGAAAGGGAAGAAAGUUUCAAAAAGUUGGAGUUUCAGUGACCCAGAAAUGCAGAGGAAGAAGAGAGUUGCUAGCUACAGAGUGUAUGACAUGGAAGGCAAAAUGAAAGGGUCUCUGAGGAAGAGCUUCAGGUGGAUCAAGAGCUCUUAUAACCAUGUCAUCUAUGGAUGGUGGUGAUUAAUACUUACUAGUUUGUACUUUUUUUUCUUUGAAUUCUGAAUAUGUUCAACUAAAAUUGUCUCUCUGUGAUGUAUGGAGUUUCAUGAACUAUUAUGUUUAUGUAUGGAAUGUCAAAUGGUGAUUUUCUGUUCAUCUUUGAA